AUGGCGCUCAAACCUUUGGUCGUUUUAUUCGUAUCCUUGACACGCGCUCGCGAAAUCACGUUCCCACCCAUUGCAGGGUACGCGUCGCAGCAGAUUAUCCCCCAAGGGUUUAUGGAACCGGAUAUCACGCAUGCAAAGUUCGCGGGGUUGACGACGUAUGCCAAUUUGCAGUAUGUACAUUGUCUAGCGCCCCAAGGUCAGGAAGUGGAACCCUUCGAUAUUGCGAUCCUUGGUGCGCCAUUCGAUACCGCCGUUACCGCAAGACCAGGAGCGCGUUUCGGACCGAGUGGGAUACGACAGGGGUCCAGGCGCAUGGCACCAGAGGCUGGGUGGAACAUCUAUACAGGAGAGAACGUGCUGCUUGAUUGGGCCAAGAUAAUCGACUGUGGCGAUGCUCCGUUGACUGUGCUGGAUAACACAGCAGCUCUCAAGCAGCUCGACAAAGCCCAUCAAAUUGUAUCGGCAAGACGUACCAAUUCGAGCCAGCAUACCACGCCGAGGAUCGUUACCCUAGGUGGUGACCAUACCACCACGUUAUCUGCUUUGAGAUCAGUCCAUCAGCAUUUUGGUCCUGUGAGCGUGAUACACUUUGAUAGCCAUCUGGAUACUUGGGACCCAGAAGUUUUAGGUGGAGGUAUCUCCCAUUACGCUGGUGUAAACCACGGCACUUUCCUGCAUAUUGCCCACGAAGAAGGCUUGAUCCGUAACACUUCGAUCCACGCUGGUAUCCGAGCGCCAAUGGUACGACCGAAGGGCGAUUUGCGAAACGAUCGUAAAUGCGGUUUCGAGAUUUUGAAGGCGAGAGAGAUCGACCGUUUCGGUGUGUCUGGAGUGAUUGAGAGACUGAAGUCCCGUGUGGCUGGCACAAAGGUCUAUAUUAGUGUGGAUAUAGACGUUCUUGAUCCAGCGUUCGCACCUGCCACGGGUACCUCCGAAGUCGGCGGUUGGAGUACACGAGAGCUACUUUCCAUUUUGGAUGGUCUCGAAGGAUUGGAUGUCGUUGGAGCAGAUGUCGCCCCUGUUUAUGACAAUCCGGGUGAGGUCACCGUUUUGGCUGCUGCAGAGGUCGUCCUGUCCCUUAUCGGACUCAUGGUGAAGGCACCAGCUUAG